UUUAGGCCCAUAAGUUACGAAGGCCAGGAUUCUGAUGCACAUGAGAAGGCUUGGGAAGGAGAAUUGAUGUUCCCAAAUAGACAGAGUUUGUGCCUCCACCUAGAAGAGAGAGAUAGAGCCAGCAUUUCACGGAGCUGUGCUCAAGAGGAGGUCCAAGUGGCACAGCAAUGAUUAGAGACCCUGCUGGCAGCAAACAGCCUCUGGCUGCGUAGGGGCCUGUGGGCUUACUAUCUGCUGCCCCUAUGGAGACAGGGGGCCCUGGGAUGAACAGCAUGAAGCCCCAGUCACUGCAGCUGGUGCUGGAGGAGCAAGUGCUGGCGCUGCAGCAGCAGAUGGCAGAGAACCAAGCAGCCUCCUGGAGGAAGCUAAAGAGCUCCCAGGAGGCCCAGCAGAGGCAGGCAACCCUCGUGAGGAAGCUGCAGGCCAAGGUGCUGCAGUACCGGAGCUGGUGCCAAGAGCUGGAGAAGCGGCUGGAAGCCACUGGGGGACCGAUCCCGCAGAGGUGGGAAAGCGUGGAGGAGCCAAACCUGGAACAGCUACUAAUGCGAUUGGAGGAGGAACAACAAAGGUGUGAGAGUCUAGCAGAGGUGAACACCCAGCUUCGGCUGCACAUGGAAAAAGCUGACGUGGUGAAUAAAGCGCUUCGGGAAGAUGUGGAAAAAUUGACAGUAGACUGGAUCCGGGCCCGGGAUGAGCUAAUGAGGAAGGAGAGCCAGUGGCAGAUGGAGCAGGAGUCAGGAGGAAUCCAAGACUCCUGUGUUGACAGAAGAUGUCCUCUGCCCUUUGGUAUGACACCUGGGUUUCUGAACACACAGUUCUUCAAGGGCUACCUGAAAGGGGAGCACGGUCGCCUCCUCAGUCUAUGGCGGGAGGUGGUGACCUUCCGACGCCACUUCCUGGAAAUGAAGUCAGCCACCGACAGAGACCUGACGGAGCUCAAGGCUGAGCAUGUGAGGCUUUCUGGGUCCCUGUUGACCUGUUGUCUGCGCUUGACUGUGGGAGCAGCACAGUCUCGGGAGUCUGAUGGAUCUGGGAGACUGACUGGGAACGAGCCAUCCCAGCUGCUGCUGCUGUUAGCCAAGACCCAGGAGCUGGAGAAGGAAGCCCACGAAAGGAGCCAGGAGUUACUACAGCUGAAGAGUCAGGGGGAUCUGGAGAAGGCUGAGCUCCAGGACCGGGUGACUGAGCUCUCUGCUCUACUGACCCAGUCUCAGAAGCAAAAUGAAGAUUAUGAAAAGAUGGUAAAGGCUCUGAGAGAGACAGUGGAGAUCCUGGAGGCAAAUCAUGCAGAACUAAUGGAACAUGAGGCAUCUCUUAGUAGACAUGCCCAAGAGGAGAAGCUGUCUUUACAGCAGGUGAUCAAGGACAUAAUCCAGGUCAUGGUGGAAGAAGGGGACAGUAUGGCUCAAGGCUCUGGUCAUGAGAGCUCCUUGGAGUUGGACUCUAGUGGCUUCUCCCAGUUUGAUUCCCAGCACCCAGACAAGGCUCUGACUCUGGUGCGCUCAGUGCUGACUCAGAGACGCCAGGCUGUGCAGGCCCUAAGGCAGCAGCUGUCGGGUUGUCAGGAAGCUGUGAGCUCCUUGCGGCAGCAGCAUAAUCAGUGGGAGGAAGAGGGUGAGGCCCUGAGACAGCGACUGCAGGAGCUCACCGGGGAGCGGGACACUCUGGCAGGGCAGACUGUGGGCCUGCAGGGGGAGGUGGACUCUCUCAGCAGGGAGCGAGAGCUCCUGCAGAAGAUGAGGGAGGAGCUGCAGCAGCAGCUGGAGGUGCUGGAGCAGGAGGCGUGGCGACUGCGGAGAACAAACAUGAAGCUUCAGUUGCAGGGCGACUCUGCUCAGGGCGAGAAGGAGGAGCAGCAGGAGGAGCUGCACCUGGCUGUCCGAGAACGGGAACGCCUUCAGGAGACGCUGGCAGGUCUGGAAGCCAAACAGUCCGAAUCUCUCAGUGAACUGAUCAGCCUUCGGGAAGCCCUGGAGUCAAGUCGCCUGGAAGGGGAGUUGCUGAGGCAGGAGCAAACAGAAGUGACAGCUGCGCUGGCCAGGGCAGAACAGUCUGUUGCGGAGCUGUCGAGUUCUGAGAACAGCCUGAAGGCUGAGGUGGCUGAUCUUCGGGCUGCAGCGGUCAAGCUCAGUGCCUUAAAUGAGGCUUUGGCCUUAGAUAAGGUUGGGCUGAACCAGCAGCUUCUCCAGUUAGAACAGGAGAACCAGUCUGUGUGCAGCAGGAUGGAGGCAGCAGAGCAGGCGAGAAACACUCUGCAGGUGGGCCUGGCAGAGGCCGAAGGGAGCAGGGAAGCCCUGUGGGAAAAGAACACUCACCUGGAGGCUCAGCUGCAGAAAGCAGAGGAGAGCAGAGCUGAGCUGCAGGCAGAGCUCAGGGGCCUCCAAGAAGAGAAGGAAGAAAUUCAAGAGAAACUAAGCGAGGCACAUCACCAGCAGGAGGCAGCCUCAGCUCAGGUGGAGCAGCUGCAUCAGGAGGCAAAGCGACAGGAAGAAGUGCUUGCCAGGGAAGUCCAGGAGAAGGAGGCCCUCGUCCGGGAAAAGGCAGCUCUAGAGGUGCGGCUGCAGGCCAUAGAGCGGGACCGGCAGGACCUCUCUGAACAACUGCUGGGGCUCAGCUCAGCCAAGGAGCUACUGGAGAGCAGUCUGUUUGAGGCCCAGCAACAAAAUUCUCUGAUAGAGGUCACCAAGGGGCAGCUGGAGGUCCAGAUUCAAACUGUCACUCAAGCCAAGGAAGUAAUCCAAGGGGAAGUGAGGUGCCUGCAGCUGGAGCUGGACACUGAACGGAGCCGGGCAGAGCAGGAGCGGGAUACAGCAGCCAGACAGCUGGCCCGAGCUGAGCAAGAGGGGCAGGCUGCCCUGCAGCAGCAGAAGUCAGCCCAUGAGGAGGAGAUGAACCGGCUCCAGGAGAAAUGGGACAGAGAGCGCUCCUGGCACCAACAGGAACUGGGUGAGGCCCUGGAGAGCCUGGAGAGGGAGAAAACGGAGCUGGAAACGAGGCUGAGGGAGCAGCGGGCAGAAACAGAGGCCGUGCGGACGCUGAGGGAACAAGAACGGGCCGAGGCCGAGAGUGCCCUGUCCCAGAUGCAACUCGAAACAGAGAAGGAGAGGGUGUCCCUCCUGGAGACACUGCUGCAGACCCAGAAGGAGCUGGCAGAUGCCAGCCAACAACUGGAGCGGCUGAGGCAGGACAUGAAGGUUCAGAAGUUAAAGGAGCAGGAGACCACUGGGAUGCUGCAGACCCAGCUCCGGGAGGCUCAGCAGGAGCUGGAGAAGGCAGCUCAGCAGCACCGGGACCGCCUCGCUGCCCUCCAGGACGAGGGCCACAUCUUGCUGCAGGAUAAGAUAGACCUGCUGAAGCAGGUGGAAGACUUGAAGUCUCAGCUGGUUUCCAAGGAUGACUCCCAGAGGCUGGUGGACCAGGAGGUUCAAAAGAAGCUGAGAGAGGCCCAGGAGUGUAGCCGAAUUCAGAAGGAGCUGGAGAGAGAGAAAGCCAGCCUGACACUGUCGCUGGUGGAGAAAGAACAGAGACUCCUUGUUUUACAAGAAGCUGACUCUGUUCGACAACAAGAGCUGAGCUCCCUGCGCCAGGACAUGCAGGAGGCCCAGGCAGGGCAGAAAGAGCUCAGUGCCCAGAGAUCUCUACCUGCUGGAGAGCUGAGUCUACUGAAAUCUUUCCAGCCCCAGUCAAGAGUGACCAUACUUCCUCCCUGGCAGGUGGACUUACUGAAGCAGGAGGUGAAGGAAAAGGAGGCUGACUUUCUGGCCCAGGAAGCACAGCUGCUGGAGGAGCUCGAGGCAUCUCAAGUAACAGAGCAGCAGCUACGGGCUUCCUUGUGGGCCCAGGAAGCCAAGGCAGCCCAACUCCAGCUGCGACUGCGCAGCCUAGAGAGCCAGCUGGAGGCGCUGGCUGCAGAGCAGCAGCCUGGGCACCAGGCCCAGGCCCAGCUGGCCAGCCUCUGUUCUGUCCUGCAGCAGGCCCUGGGGUCUGCUUGUGAGAGCAGGCCAGAGCUGAGUGGCGGGGGAGACUCUGCUCCCUCCCUCUGGGGCCCUGAGCCAGACCAGAAUGGAGCCAGGAUCCUCUUUAAGAGAGGGCCCCUCCUGACGGCUCUCUCAGCUGAGGCAGUGGCAUCUGCCCUCCACAAGCUUCACCAAGACCUGCGGAAGACUCAACAGGCCCGGGAUGAUCUGAGGGAUCAGGCCCAGAAGCUGGAACAGCGUCUCACUGAUACAGAGGCUGAGAAGAGCCAGGUCCACACAGAGUUGCAGGCUCUGCAGAGACAGCUUUCCCAGAACCAGGAAGAGAAAUCCAAGUGGGAAGUAAAACAGAACUCCCUAGAGUCUGAGCUGAUGGAACUGCGUGAAACUGUGGCAUCCUUACAGAGUCGCCUACAGCAAGCAGAGCUGCAGGGAAUAGAAGCCCAGAAUGAGCGAGAGUUACUGCAGGCAGCCAAGGAGAGCCUGACUGCCCAGGUGGAACAUCUCCAAGCAUCUGUUGCAGAAGCCAGGGCACAAGCGAGUGCCACCAGGAUCCUGGAGGAAGACCUGAGGAUUGCACGCUCAGCCCUGAAACUGAAAAACGAGGAGGUGGAGAGUGAGCGCGAGCGAGCCCAAGCCUUGCAGGAGCAGGGCGAGCUGAGGGUGGCUCAGGGGAAGGCUCUGCAGGAGAAUUUGGCUCUCUUGGCCCAGACCUUGUCUGAAAGAGAACAGGAGGUGGAGACUCUACAGGGGAAAAUCCAGGAAGUGGAGAAGCAGCGGGAAAUGCAAAAGGCUGCUUUGGAAGUGCUGUCUCUAGACCUAAAGAAGAGGAACCAAGAGGUGGAUCUGCAGCAAGAACAGAUUCAGGAACUGGAGGAGUGUAGGUCGGUUUUAGAGCAUCUCCCCUUGGCCGUUCAGGAGCGAGAGCAGAAGCUGACUCUGCAGAGGGAGCAGAUCAAAGAGCUCGAGAAGGAUCAAGAGACACAGAGGAACAUCUUAGAGCAUCAGCUUCUAGAACUUGAGAAGAAGGCCCAAAUGAUUGAGUCCCAGAAGGAACAGAUUCAGGAUCUGAAGAAGCAGCUGGUUACCCUAGAAUGCCUGGCCCUGGAACUAGAGGAAAACCAUCACAAAAUGGAGUGCCAGCAGAAGACGAUUGAAGAGCUGGAGGGCCAGAGGGAAAUGCAGAGGGUGGCUCUGACCCACCUUACGCUGGACCUGGAGGAAAGGAGCCAGGAGCUGCAGGUGCAGGGCAGCCAGAUCCAUGAGCUGGAGAGCCACAGCACCCUCCUGGCAAGAGAGCUCCAGGAGAAGGACCAGGAGGUGACAUCCCAGCGAGACCAGAUCGAGGAGCUGCAGAGGCAGAAAGAGAGUCUGACUCAGGACCUUGAGAGGAGGGAUCAGGAGAUGGUGCUGCUGAAGGAGAGGAUCCAGGUCCUAGAAGAUCAGAGGACCCUGCAGACCAAGAUCCUAGAGGAGGAUCUGGAACAGAUCAAGCUGGCCUUGAGAGAGCGAGGCCGGGAGCUGGCCUCUCAGAAGCAGCUGAUGCAGGAGAGGGCAGAGGAGGGGAAGGGCCAGAGUAAAGCUCAGCGUGGGAGCCUGGAGCACAUGAAGCUGAUCUUGCGUGAUAAGGAGAAGGAGGUGGAGUGCCAGCAGGAGCAUAUCCAGGAGCUUCAGGAGCACAGGGACCAGCUGGAGCAGCAGCUCCAGGGCCUACACAGGAAGGUGGGUGAGACCAGCCUACUCCUGACCCAGCGGGAGCAGGAGAUCGAGGUCCUGCAGCGGCACCUGCAAGAAGCCAGGGAACAGGGGGAGCUGAAAGAGCAGUCACUUCAGGGUCAGCUGGAAGAGGCCCAGAGGGCCCUGGCCCAGAGGGCCCAGCAGCUCGAGGCUCUUCAGCAGCAGCAGCAGCAGGCCCAGGGGCAGGAGGAGACGGUGAAGGAAAAGGCAGGUGCACUGCAGAGAGCUCUGGAGCAGGCCCAGGCGGCACUGCAAGAGCAGCAGGCAGAGUUUGAGGACCACAAGGAACAUGCACGAAGGCUCCAGGAGGAGCUGGCUAUGGAGGGGCAGCGGGUACAGGCCCUGGAGGAGGUGUUGGGUGACCUAAGGGCUGAGUCUCGGGAGCAGGAGAAGGCUCUGCUGGCCCUCCAGCAGCAGUGUGCUGAGCAGGCCCAGGAGCACGAGGCAGAGGCCAGGGCCCUGCAGGACAGCUGGCUGCAAGCAGAGGCAGUGCUCAAGGAACGGGACCAGGAGCUGGAGGCCCUGCGGGCAGAUGGCCAGUCCGCGCAGCAUCGGGAGGAGGCUGCGCGGGGCCAGGCUGAGGCUCUGCAGGAGGCCCUCAGCAAGGCUCAGGCUGCCCUGCAGGAGAAAGAGCAGCAUCUCCUUGGGCAGGCGGAACUGAGCCGCAACCUGGAGGCCAGCACAGCCACCUUGCAGGCUGCCCUGGACUCCUGCCAGGCACAAGCCCGGCAGCUGAAGGAGGCCCUGAGGAAGCAGGAAGGUGAGAUCCAGGACCGGGACCUUCGACACCAGGAGACUGUGCAGCAGCUCCAGCAGGCACUUGUCCAGAGGGAUGAAGAGCUGAGACGUCAGAGGAAGCAGGGGCAGCUGCUGGAGAAGUCUCUGGCCCAGAGGGGCCAAGAGGAUGUGACCCCAGAGAAGCAGGAGCCAUGGCACAAGAGAGAAGAGGAAGAGCUGAGGGACCUUCGUGAGAGCCUGAGGAAGCUCCAGCAGACUCUAGCCCAAAAGGAGGAGGAGAUCUUGGAGCUGAGGGAGGUCCAGCAAAGGAAGAGUCUGGAGGACUCGCCCCACAGCCACAAAGCCUCCUCAGCGGAGGAGCCAUCUACAACAGUUGAUUCCUCAGGGCCCAGGCUGCAGCGGGAGCUGGAGCGUCUCGAGGCAGCCCUGAGACAGACGGAGGCCAGGGAGAUCGAGUGGAGGGAGAAAGCCCAGGACCUGGCGCUGUCCUUGGCCCAGAGCAAGGCCAGUGUCAGCAGCCUGCAGGAGGUAGCCCUGUGCCUGCAAGCCUCUGUCCUGGAGCGGGACUCGGAAAAGCAGAGGUUGCGGGAUGAGUUGGAGUUCACCAGACAGGCUCUGGAGAAGGAGCGACUCCCCAGCCCAGGCCCAACCAGCAGAGCAGAAUGGGAGCCCAGAGAAGAGCCAGGCGUACAGCCGGGAGAGGUCUCCGGAGUAAAGACUGAGCCUAGUCCUGAGAUGGAGGAGAAGCAGCUAUGGGGACAGAGGCUUGAACACCUGCAGGAAGCAGUGGCGCGGCUGGAGAUUGACCGGAGCCGGCUGCAGCACCACAACAUCCAGCUGCGGACCACCCUGGAGCAGGUGGAGCGAGAGCGGAGGAAACUGAAGAGGGAUUCCAUGCGUGCAUCGCGAACGAGGGUCCCUGAGAGCAAUGAAGCCACGGCGCCAUCACCCACACAGCAGGAUGGAAGAGGAGGGCAGAAGUGUUCCUCAGAUGCCAAGCAGGUGGUUGAACUGCAGAAGGAGGUUGCUGUCCUGCGAGCCCAGCUGGCCUUGGAGCGGAAGCAGAAGCAGGACUAUAUCGCCCGCUCGGUACAGACGAGCCGUGAGCUGGCAGGCCUGCACCACAGCCUUUCUCACUCCCUUCUUGCCGUCGCCCAGACCCCUGAGGCCACUGUCCUGGAGGCCGAGACCCGCAAGCUGGAUGAGUCCCUGACUCAAAGUCUGACAUCCCCAGGGCCAGUCCUGCUGGGCCCCAGCCCCAGCGCUGCUCAAGCUGCCUCCAGAUAGCAGCCACUGCCAGGGCAGGACAUGGGACAGCCUGGGAGCACACAGACAGACAGAUGUCUGUAGAGCGGGUCAUGGCCCCCCACACAGCUGCAGGUUUGCCAAAGAAAGUUCUGGCUCCAUUGCCCAACCUGGAGCCCCGGGUCAGAUGGCAUUCCAGGACGGGGGAGGAAACCGCAAGUCUGCAGGAAGGCCCCAACUCCCAGGGAAUGAGGCAAACCCCACUUGCUGCUGGCCUGAGGUCGCCCAGGGGGGCCUUGCCCUGGCCAGGCAGCGUCUGCUGCCUCUCAUCUAGAACCCGUUAUCCCAGCACUUCGCCCUCUGUCACCUUCCUCUUCAGCAAUAAACCCUGAGUCUACGUUUGUUCUCCACUGUGUAGCUGAGCAGCGGCAGCACAUCAAAGGCAUCUGUCAAGGAAGACUGCUGAAGAUUCCCGCCAGGUGGCAUGAAUUUAGCAUCUGCCUGCAUUCUGACAGAGGAGGGUCACAGAAGGCACACAAGACAAAGGCCCUUCCACAGGAAGCUUGAGUCCAAUUGACAAGAACAGACAUGCUCAUUGAUGAGUCAGAGACAGCUCUGUGUGCCAACUAGAAACGCUGCAGAGAUUCCAGGGACCGAGGAAGGAAGACACCCACUGGCCCUUGAAGGACGGGGAGGAGUUGGGAGGGGUUGCUAAGCAUACUGGUGAGAAGACUGGUCUGCCUGUGUGUUCAGACUGAGGUUGGACGGGGAGAGAGGGAGAUCAUGGAGGGCCUUGGGAUCUAGACUUGAACUCAUGGAUAAUGAGGAGCCAUCAUAUGUUCUUGACUUAAAACAUGUUCUGGGGCUCCAAAAACACCAAGUUGAACCUUUGGCUAAAGUCAGUCUCUUGAGUUCAGAA